AUGCUUGUUUUCUUCUUGUGUAUGGGGAUUGUCAUCUCUGGUGACGUUAAAUUGUAUAGUAAAUACGACACUUUGCUAUAAGAUAAGUUGUUAGUAUCAUAAAUGUAAUACAUUAGAUUGUUACUAAGAAUGGGCUGAUUUACAAAUAUGACUUAAAGUAUCAACAAAUAAGAUGGAGAUCAGAACUGGGCAUAUCGCUCUAAUCCGACGGUAUCUAGAAUGGAACUUACUUUAUGAAACCAUACAAGGAUGGUUCAUUUCUAUUUUACGAUGAAGGAUUCUAUGUAACGAGAUUCUUUAAAUUAGGAAAUACCUUCAGAAGAUUUAGAUAUCCUGUUUAAGACUUGCAGUAUGUUUCAAAACUCAUUGACCUACAACAAUGAGUUAAUGUAUUUUUUAGAUAUUGCCACAGGAAAUAUAAAAGAGUUGACUCAAUAUGACAUUUAAUAGCUCUUGAGUUAACCGAAAAUGUAUGAAAAGGGAGUGCUAAUUCAUGUUAAACAAAAGUUUAUUUCAGAUUUGGAGUAUGAGGACUCUCAACAACAUAAUUCUAGAAUAUAAAUUAAUUUUUUACUCAAAUACUUACGUGGAGAUUUAACUUAAGCAAAAUAUUCUAAUUCUACUAUAAUUUACAAAACCAAUACAGGAAUCUAAGUGCUAUGGGCUAAUAAAACCCUUGAUCUCUAUUUGGAUGAUGAAGUAUUUGAAAUAUUCGAGUAUACACCAGACUAAGGGAUUUACUCAAUAGUAUUUUCUUAAGAUCACACUAAGAGCACUGGUUUAACCGUAAUGUCUAUAAUUAAUAAUCAAUAUCAAUGUGAAAUUGAGGGACAAUGCUAAUCUAAUUCUAAUUCUAAUUCCAGUCCUCAUGCUUUGGGAGUCUAUAAAGAUACUCAAUUUAAGCAAUGCUUGAAUCAAUUCUACAAGAUCAAAUUUUAAACUUAGUUGGUCUUAUACUAAUAGGAAAAGACAUCUGAGAAAGUAGAAUAAUGUUAGGCCGUUGAAAAUUACGCCAAUCAGUUUUUAUCUAUAUUAUUGUUAUCGAUGGUGAUUGCUUAUAUUCCUUUACUAUCAUCAAAAAAAUAAAAGCCAAAAGAGGUUGUUAUAGUUAAGGAACCCUAAGUGUAAUAUAUAUACAUAAAGUCUAAGGAAAUUUAAAUUAACAAAGAACGUAUUCUGGGAAUUGGAAUAAAUGGAACUUAUGUAUAUGAAGGCAUAUUUCAAGGGAAAGUAGUAGCAGUCAAAGAAAUUAAUCUUAAGAAUCUACAAAAUAAAUAUUUAGAGAAACUGCUUGAAGAGUCAAUAUCAAAAUAAAUGCUUUUAAAUUCGCCUUAAAUUAAUAAACUAUUUUUCUUUGAAAAAAGAAAUGAUUGUCUGUAUUUGGCUAUGGAAAAAUGUAUGAUAAAUCUUAGAGAAUUUAUUAAAUAUGAAUCUAGUUAAAAAUUGAAUGAAGCAUAAAAAUUAAAUAUUAAGUAAAAUCUUUAAAAUCCAGAAUUUUAUAAGGAAAUCUUCCUUGAUCUGUUGAAUGCUUUAUAGACUCUAUUAGAAAAUAAUACCUAACAUCAUGGGAUAACUCCUGAUAAUGUAUUAUUCAGUUAGGAUUUAAAAAUAAAAUUAGCUGAUUUUGGACUAUCGACCUUGACUGAUUACUAUUAAGAAAAUCAGAAUGAUAAAAAAGUAAUUAAGAAAAUUAAUUAUUCAAUGUUAUAAUAGUUGGGUCUGAUUUUUUAUUUCUUGUUAUCUAAAGGGGAUGAUUUCUCAUAGAAGUAAUAUUCUCAAUAAUUUUAGAUAAGCUAUCGAUUAGAAAUUCCUAAUGGAAAGAUUCAAGAAAUUUAAUAUCAAAGAAUUGGAAACCAAAGAUUUAUUGAUGAAACUUUUAUUAGAUCAAUCAAUUGGUAAUCCUUAGAGUAUUUUUACACAUCCCUACUUUUGGACCAAAUAAAAGAAACUAUCUUUUAUUUGUGAAUUUAGUGAUUAUGUUGAAACAUACCCUUUACCAAAUGAUCAAGUUUCAAUUCAUGACAGAUUCAUAGCAAAUUCUGUUUUCAAAGACAAUUGGGGUACACGAUGCGGAAUGAUACUCAAAUGCUAAAUUAGAGGAUAUGAUCAAACAUAAGCCUAAUAACUAAUUAGAGUAAUAUAAUAUUUUAAGAUAGCUAAUCCGAAAUACCAAGAAUCAUUACCAUCAACUUACAGAGGAUUGUAAAUUACUUUUAGGACCAACUGAUGAAACUUGCUUUGAUUACUGGAGCAAACAGUUCCCAAAUCUUUUCUUUACCCUCUAUCAACAUGCCAUUGAAAAUAGUCUCAAUCUAUUAAGUUUGAAAUGAGGACUACCAGGAG